UUUGAUGUGUAUAUCGUGCAAUAAAAAAUGUUUGUAAUUCCAAUGCCUUUUGAUAGUCUCUCCCGUCUGUGCUCGAAUGGAUCAACCCGGUUUGUCUGUCGCACUCUGCAUGCUAAUGACUUCUUCUCAGUACGGUUUAUCAAAUCACUGUAGCUGACCCAGCCACUGGACGGUAUCAUUGUAACGGGGAAAAUCGGGUAGUGUCUCAAUUGUGUUCAGAUCAUUAUCACCGAAGGACGCCGUUUGGGAUUUUAGCAGUGAUGUCUGUGACACCUAUAUCGCUGUUACAGCAGGCUAGCUGAAGGAAAAAAAACACACACACACACACACCCCCGAGAAUCUCAGCCACAGGUCCAAGAGAUCCCAAUGAUCGUCAUCUGAAAAGCUGCGUCCGACCGAAAGCGUUAUUAUUUCCCCAGCUCACCUGGACCGGGCUGCAGAGUGAUACCGGGUUUCAGGUUGACAUGCAGCAAAAGUUGUGCACGCGCAACACAACCUUUUUCGUGGAAAACGGCCAGGCUUGUGGUGCAGGGGCUCCAUCUCCACCCCCGUUCCGAUGCCCACGGUGUGGAGAGCAUGAGCGGUUCCAGAGCUUGGCUGCGUUGCGGGCCCACCUUGACUACAAUCACACAUAUGAUCCAAGGCACAACCUCAGCCUCCCAGCCAGCAGGGGGUACUUAGGCUCUGACAGCAAGAGAGCCACUGCUGAGACGCAGACAACAAAGGACGCAGGCACUGACACACGCUCACACCAGUUCCCAUUCAGCUCUGAUUCCCUUCCACACGACCAGACUGAAGACACGUGCCCAGAACAGUCUGCUCCCCCGGAGAAGAGUGCCGAUGGUGGGGAGUUGUCCAUUGGCACCAGUCUCCUCUCUGCUCCAGUGCCCUCGGUGGGGCAGAGGCUGGAGGGCAUGAUAAGGACAGCCAGUAGCAGCAUGGAGCGACGACUGCUCCGGAUCAGCUCAGAACUGGCCCACACUGACACAGCACUUCUGUGUGAGCGCGCACACUCACACCACCUGGCCCAGGAGCGUCAGGAAGUGCUGGAGCGGGAGCAAGCUCUCAGCAGACAGGUGAACGCCGCUGUCAUGGUCAUCGCCACGCUGCGCCAGCAGCUCAGCAUGUCCGAGCAUGAGCUGGAACGGAGGGAACAGGAAGUACUUGCUAUUCAGAAAUUUCUGGAAGCAGCAGCGCAGCAUGAGAUGUGCGGGAAAGUCCGUUUGCGGCGGUUCAUCGAGGGCCUCUUACGACGCAUUGCCCUAGCUGAAAGGCUGCUGGAGUAUUACCAGAAUACUCCCCAUGAGCACUACUGCACAGCCCACACGGUGGCUCCUUUAGCUGAGACAGGUCCCCAAAGAAUAACCAAAAACAGGUCCACAGGAGAGCAAUUGGUCCAUGACGAGGAACUGUCACAUGUGCAUCAGACUGGGUUUGGAGCAUCCCGGGCCUCUGGGGAGAGACGGGGUCAUCAUGGUUGGGUCCAGGGCAGGAGGUCAGAUAGUUAUGAGGUUUAGUUGUCUGGCUUGAGCCUUUCAAUUAAUGUACUGUAUGUGUUUAAAAUGUAGUGUAUUGAAAUUGUAUUUUAAGCAAAUAAAUAUAUAGACAAAAACAGCGUUAAAGAAUAUAUAACAUUCCUGGGGAAAAAAUCUGAUAUGGAUCUCAUACAGAGAGAUCCUUUUCAGCAAAAUGUGGAAAAGCAGUUCAUCUUGGUAGCACUCUUAAUCUUAUCUGAUUGCAAUAUUGUUUAGGUCAGGGUCCUGUAGUAUUCAGCUUUGUCUAGUGAUGGCAUGUUACUGUUCUGAUAAUCAGAAAACCCUGUUGAAUGCCUUUUACACUCCUUCUGUAGUGCUGUGAAGGUGCUAACAUACUGCUGACGUAGUGGACACAUGGUGAGACUGCCCUUUAAAAUCUAAUACAUAUGGCUACCUAAGUUAACAGUUUACAUUCUGAAGAAUUGCAGUCUUGAUUCUAUAUUAUGGGAAUGGAAUGUCUGUUCAUAUAUGACCAUUACUCAAGUCAAUGUAGUAUUGCUGAACAGUGCCUUGCAUAAGUAUCCCCCUGCACUUAAUUGGGAUUAUAGGUCGUGAAUCUACACUAAAUAGCUCAUAAUAUUGAAGUUGGAGGAAUAUAGUUUUCAACAUUAUUUACAAAGUGACUUCCACCUGUGGGCUAGUAAAGUGUCCUAUGAUUUCAAUUGUCAUAUGACCUGUUCCUGGAAGAUUUCCUAGCGAAAAUUAUAGCUAAAUAAACAGCAUCAUGAAGACUAAGGAUCUAUCAAAUCUGGGACAAAGUUCUGAUAAUGUUUCAGUCAGGGUUUGGUUAUAAGAAAUAUUUCAUACUUCAGAGUGUGACGGCCAACAUGUCCGAGAAUGAUAAAGUUUACCGGACAAACUGGAACAAAUCUGGUCAUCUUAUUUCUGUGUUUAUUUUGCGCUGUAGCAUUUUGGAUUAUGCAUUUUUGUGGGUGGGGGCGUGGUCGAGCUUCAGCUGUGGUUGGAGAGGAAACGGGUCUAAUCGGCAGGUAAUACAUGAUUCUGACCUGUGUUGGAUUAGUUUACUUGUGUGUGUUUGUGCUUCAUUGCCUCCUGCAAUGAGUGAGAGAGAGAGAGGGAGAGAGUGAGACAGACAGACAGACAGUUGACCAGCACAAAGACGUGUGAGUGGUUGAAUGAUUUGAAUAAUGCGUGCAAAUCCGAGAACACGAGAAGCAUAUGGAGAAAAAAAAAUUGCACAGACAGAGACCUUAUUUAAAUGUGCAAUUGUGAACAUACUUUAGUGUAUGCUUUGUGUUAAUAUUUUUACUGGACAUUGUGUCCAGCAGUUUUUGAUUUUAUCGGAUGUUUUAAAUUUUCACCGGUCAAAAACCAGUAUUUACUGGCUAAUGGAAACUGUGCCAUAAUUUGAACAUUCUGUGGAGCAUUAUUAAAGCCAUUAUGAAAACAUGGAAAGAAUUUGGCGCACCCACAUCUCUGCCUAGUGGAGGCCAUCCACCGAAAAUCUCUGGUCUGAUGUUUGGUGGAAACCCAACACUGCUCAUCACCCUGAGAAGAACAUCCCCACAGUGAAGCAUGGUGGGGGGUAGCAUCACACUGAGCAUUGCACUUGGCCUCUUGGUUACAUCUCUGAAUAAUGCCCUCCUUACACUGUUACUGACCCCCUCCUCUAAGCAGGGUCGCAGUUGUGCCAUAUUCUUUCCAUUUUUAUACAUCGGUCACUAGGUUGUGGAGGCAUUUUGUUUUAGGGUUAUCUGUCAAUCUGCGAUUGGGUGAAUUGACCCAAACAGUAUCAAGGUCACUGCAAGAACAGAUGUAUGAAAUAAUUUUUUUUCAAUAACUUUCUUCCUGUUUUUAAGUGUAUUUUAAGAGUAUUUGAGACACACAACUUAGUAAUAAAAAGUAUUAGACUAGUUGGUGACGAAGGCAUCCCUGUCAACACUGUUGGCAUUGGCUACAUGUUUAAUAAUGGGUUUAAUGUUGCUCUGCGGGAUGUUAAAAAAUUGGGAUGUAUAUUUUUUAAAACUAAACCUUGUUUUGAUAGUUUCUUGGUCUUCAUGACUGUUUGCUUAUUCAUGUUCUCUCAUAAACUUUUCCAGGAACAUGUGUAUUUAUAUUGAGGUCACGUAAUUCUUUACUUGGACACAACUGAUUGCACUAGAACUAAUUUAGGGUUUUAAGAGCAACAUUUAUAGUUCAGAAAAAACAUUUUUUGGCAAUUAAUUUUAAUAAGUUUGGGAGGGGGUACUUGUGCAAGGCCCACUUAAAAAAUGUCAUGCAAAGAUUUUGUGUAUGUUAGUCGACAACACAUACUAAAAGACCGUGUUAUCCAAAUAUUAAAUAUGUUAGUUGGCCUGUGUUUGUUUUUCUACAUUUUAAGGUGCUGUUGCACACAGUGAAUGUCUGAGAUAUUGAUAUUAUCUGAAUGCAUUUGUGCAUAUAAUUAAUAUUUUAGUGGUGCUGUUGCCUGGGACUGUAUACCCUUAUCAUUACCAGUAUUAUCACAACCAGUAUAGUCCGUGUUAUAUGGAAUGCUUCCUAACAGUAGCCAGGAUUAUGUAAAAUUCCACAUUAACAAGAAAAAAAUAUCUUACCGUCAAUAUUAGCUCAACCUGUUAUUCAUAAUGUGUGAGUAUGUCUGACAUUUUACACUGCGCUUUGACCUGUGUGGGGUGACAGUAACCAGAGCAAUAGCACAUUUUAAGCUCUGUUUUGGUACAUUUAUGUAGCAAUUCUAAAGUUUAGAUAGUAGCCUACAUGUUCAGUUAAAAAAAAAAAGAAGCAAAAUGUGUUCUUUAAAAAUGUAUAAGAGAUGUCUCUCAGUUUAUUGUAUUUUCCAAAGUAUUAAAUAGUUUGCACAUUG